GUCAAAAAUAAGUAUUGUAAUAUUUUGAAAAUGCGUAUUAAAUUUGAAUAAUGACUGACCCAGUAAUUGCCCUGAACGAUCAUUUUCACUACAACAGUAAGAUGGGGAAAGCCUUACAACAAUUUUUACCCCCAAACGAUAGAAAAAUGAUCCAGUUAUGGUUCGAUAAAUUAAUCAAUAUGGACCGAAAUGUAGAACAGAUGAUUAUACGUAGUGAUUACAUGUGGUUUAUUCUUCUAAUGUUGCAAGGCCGAAAACUGAGGGAUCCUUUUACGAAACUUCCGCCAAUUCAUCUUCCCCCAUUGAAGAAAUUUGUGCCUCUACAUGUUUACGAAGAAGUAUUAAUAUCCAACGAACCAAACAUGAUCUACGUCAACAGAAAAUCCAGCGACGAUAUUUUAAAUCUCAAAGAGAAGAAAACUCACGCCACCUCCUGUUCAUCUUUGGAUUGAGUUCGAAAUUGAUCCACAGAAACCUGUAACUUUGUGGCUGUACUUGUACUUAUUAAAAAUUAUUACUUUUCAUAAUUUUCUGUCCUAUUUUCUGUAUAUUAUAGCCUUCUAAAAUUUUAUAAGACUUUAUAUUCCUUUAAAUAUAUAUCUGUGAGAAAGA